AUGGAUAGAGGAUUAAAGAGUAAUAUGGAACCUGAUGAGAUCACCAUUGUGGUUCAUGGUGCCAGAGGUUUACAGGGGAAAAAACCUGGUCGUCACAAGUAUUCUGUUAUAUUUGGUGUAGGUGGUAAGAAAUAUAGAACUAGUGUAGUUAAAGAUUCCUCUGCAGCACCAGAUUGGAAUGAAGAGAGUACAGUUAAAGUUGGUCAUGCCACUGAUCAAGUAUUUUUUACUGUUAUGGAGAAAGAUGAUGUUCUAGGUCAAGUUGUUAUACCAGCUUUAUCCUUACAAACAGUAAAAGGACAAGUGAAAAAAGUUGCCCUUAAACCUCAUAAGAAAUGUAUGAACCCUCGUGGAGAACUUAUUUAUCAGUGUUAUAUUUCUAAACAAAGACAAGCUUCAAUGGCACCCAUCAUCAAAGGCAGCACUCUGUCAACUCCCAGAUCUGUCAACUCUGGACCUCAGUUAACUGGUUUCGCCAGAUUGAAGAGCACAUUAACUCCAUCACCCAAUUCAAACUCAAAUAAACGAGAAAAUCGUAGUUCAUUAGCUAAUUUCAAUAAGAAAUUAUCACGCUCCAUCCACAAUAUUUUUAGUUUUGCUAAAACUGAUGAAAAUGAAGAUGAGGACAAGCCUAGUCCGAAUUCUUUUUCCAAAUUUACAUCGAAAUUCCGCAGCACAAAUAAUCUGGAUGAAUUUCAUCAAGCUCAAGCCCCAGUUAUUACUAAUGUUAUACCUAAUAUAGGAACUAUUAAAGGUGGUACAAGGAUUAUAAUUGAGGGACGUAAUUUAGGUCUAGGUAAAUCAGAUAUCGUAGAGUUAUUGGUUUGUGGUAGUGAUCUAUUAGAUAGUGUGGAAUAUGAAUCAGCCAAUAGUAUAGUGUGUACAACGAAAGAAUGUGAAGCAGGAAAGGGAGAUAUUUGGUACGAAACUGUAUCCGGUGGACAAACUGUGGUUAAAAACUUCUUUACAUUCGUUAAUACGUCGGCUCUGAAGUCAACUGUGCCUGUACCUGUGACAUUAAAGAUUUCUGAUUCGUCAUCAGAAAUAGGAGCUGAUGAUGUUGAUGGUCCUCAUAAUACAUCAUAUACUACAGAUUCUGACUUAUCUUUAUCAGUUCCCCCAACACCACCUCCAGAAAGUAAAGAAUCUGCUCCUAAAGCUAGCCCACGUACUCCUAAAGCUCAGAAGAAAUUAGAUUUACCUUCAGACCAGAAGUCAAAAACUUUAGGACGUAUAUCCAGUAAUGAUAAUAUAGAAGGAAGAUAUAAAAAGAAUUUUAUGAAACAUGUCCGUCGUGCAAGUGAGUCUAUUGUGGCCGAACAGGAAGGUCUCAAAAGAGAAGACGUAGAUAGACAUAGUAUAACAAAGAAAGAACUACAAGCAGAAGUCAUUAGAUUAUAUAAUGAAAAUCAAAGUCUAAAGAAUGAUAAUGCUGAUAUGAAAGGCUAUAUAGACAGACUAAUAGCUAAAGUUAUUCAACAUUGUCCAGAUGCAUUGGAAACAGUUUAA